AUGGCUUCCCCGGAGAUUAAGCAGCCGAUCGCGCACGCAGGGCCUCCCCCUCAGGCACCGAAUGCCGUGACUGACAGCCCUGGUGUCAAACGUAUCGAGGUCAUUUCGGCGCAGUUGCACUGGAUUGAGCGUACCGUGCUAUUCUUUGGCGUGUUUCUGAUUGCCUAUGUUUACGGAUUGGACGGCCAGGUUCGCAUCACUUAUCAGCCUACUGCUGCGAAGAUUGCCGAUGUCUUCGGUCGUAUAGAACUCAUCAUCCUCUCGGUCGUGUUCUACACCAUCGGUUACACCGGAAUCAUCUUGCUGUUGGAGGUCUUGGUCGCUGAUGUGACCUCGCUUCGGUCCCGACUGUUGUUCUCAUACAUCCCAGCGACGCCAUUCAUUAUAAAUACAUGGAUCAGCGGAAACGUCACCUCUUCUGUGCUUACCACGACAACAUGGCAAUGGGGAAUCGGGAUGUUCGCCAUCAUCUUCCCAGUCUGUGCACUUCCUCUCCUUGGAACUCUCCUUUUCGGCCAUUUCAAAGCAAAAAGAAACAGUCCCGAGGCCUAUCUCAGCUCCCUUCCCAAGGUCGGGGCACUCCAGUUUGCCAAUGAGCUGUUUUGGUAUCUUGAUGUGGUCGGUGUACUGCUGUUAAUUGCACUUCUCGCCCUGAUUCUCGUACCUUUUACGAUCGCCGGAGCAUCUGCCGAACAAUGGAAAACUGCCAAGGUCAUCGCUCCGAUAGUCAUCGGGCUUUUGCUCGUACCGGCGUGGAUAUUUUGGGAACGCUACAGCAAGCACCCAAUGGUCCCGUUUCACUUGUUGAAAGAUAGGGCCGUGUGGGGAGCUUUGGGAAUUGCAAUUAUGCUAAACAUGGCAUGGGUGAUACAGGGCGAGUAUCUGUAUACUGUCCUUGUGGUCAGCUUCGGAGAAAGCAUCACCAGUGCAACUCGUAUCACUUCCCUUUACAGUUUCGCCUCCGUCAUCACGGGAUGCAUCCUGGGUGUGAUAGUUCUGAAAGUGAAACGGCUGAAACCGUUCAUCGUGGCCGGAACGCUCCUGUUCAUGGUUGCCUAUGGAAUUCUCAUCUAUUUCCGCGGUGGAGCAAGCAGUUCGAGCCAUUCAGGUGUUAUCGGUGGACAGGUUCUUCUCGGAAUUGCGGGCGGUAUGUUCCCAUAUCCCGCCCAAGCCAGUAUUCAAGCAGCAACGAAACACGAGCAUCUCGCCGUCAUUACUGGAAUCUUCCUCGCAUCUUACAAUGUCGGGAGUGCAAUUGGCAACACGAUUGCUGGAGCUAUCUGGCGACAAACGUUGCUCAAGGAACUCAUUAAGAAUCUGGGCGAUGUAGACACCGCUACGACGGCAUUUGGAGAUCCCUUCACAUACGCUACAGCGCAUCCGAUGGGGACCCCCGAACGUGACGCGGUCGUGGAGUCCUACAAACACACGCAACGGCUGCUAUGCAUCACGGGUAUCUGCCUGGUGGUGCCGCUGAUCGCGUUUGCAUGCUGCAUUCGUAAUCCUCGGUUGACCAAGGAUCAAAGCCUGCCUAAUGCCGAGGAAAGAGAUUGA